AUGGGUCUUCCAGGGAUUCACACAGGGGCAUGGACACUGCUUAUCUGCCUGAGCUGGGGGCAUGUGAGGCAGGCGCUAGCAGGACCGCAGUACAUGGUGGUCUGCCCUGCGGUUCUUCAGGCCGGAGUUGAGACCAAAUUGUGUGCGAGUCUCCUGCAGCCCAAUGAGAGUCUGGUCAUGACUGUUACUUUGAUGUCUGAAGAUUCACAGACCGUCCUUCUGGAAACGACUACCGAUGAAGAUUUUCACACCUGCAUUCAGUUUCAGGCUCCUUCCGUCAAAAACAAGGAGGUGCAGAGUUUAGCGGUGGCGGUGAAAGGGGACACAUUUUAUUCGACAGCAGACAGGAGAGUGCUUUUCCAACCCUAUGUACCGAUGACGUUUGUGCAGACCGAUAAGCCAAUCUACCUCCCUGGACAAACAGUGCAUUUCAGAGUGGUCUCACUGGACACUAAGCUGAGACCUGCUCUUCAAAAUUAUUCCGUCAUUGAACUUAAGGACUCGAAGAAUAACCGGAUUGGACAGUGGCUGAACCAAACAUCUGUCAGGAAAAUACUGCAGCUGUCUUACUCCUUGAACUCAGAGGCCGGCGAAGGAACUUACUCUAUUAAUGUGAAGACUGACACACAGGAAAUAAAACACGACUUUAAGGUGGAGGCCUACGUUCUGCCUAGAUUUGAAGUACAACUCAGUACGUUGGAUGAAAUAAGCACUUUACAGAAUGAUUUAAAAGUUGACGUGUGUGCAAGGUAUACGUUUGGUCAGCCUGUGUCCGGCAGUGCUGAGCUUAAGAUUUGCAAUGGCUGCAGCAAGCGGCAGAACUCCUGUUCCCGCGAAACACCGACACAGUCACAACAUCCGCCAGCCAAGGAAGAGCCAAAACGGCAGGUGGAGAAAGCCCUGGUCCGCGACCCCAAACGGGACGCGGCAGGGCCGCAGAAGCUGCCAUACUCCGUGUGGAAUGAGCCCGAAUCACUGCCGGAGCCUCCAAACCAGGAGCCUCCCGCCCAGAAGAAGGCGGGAUCGAAGGGAGGCCCGUGCAGCAGCGUAUCGGGCCCGUCGGGGAUUGGCCACGGGUCUCCGACUGCCAACUGGACCAGGUCCGGAAUCACCAGGCGCUCGGGGAGUCCGGAGCCUCCACAAUCAUGUGGAGAUUCUGCGUCCUCACCAGAGUUGGCUCAAGAGGACUCCCUGCAUAAGGAGAGCAGGAUCCAUCCAGAAGAGGAGAUCCUGACGUGCCUGGGGCAGGAUCGAGAUCAGUCUGUGUCCGUCCCACUUCCCCAAGCAGCGGAGCAGAUGCAGGACGAGCGGACGGGGCGCUCCGCGACUCGGGAUCGUGGGACCAUUUCGGCUGGUCGGCGUCCCGGGAGGGUCGGCGCCCCGGGAGGGUCGGCGGGUAGACAUUCUGGUCUGGGCGGAUGCUGGGGAACUCCAGGGGGCUGGUCUGCACUGCUCCACUGGACGCCGUCGCUGUGGGUGGGGCUCACGGCGGGGCUCACGGCGGGGCUGCAGGUUAAAGCAGUUCACUACAAUAACUCGGCGGCCGCAGGCAUAGAGGUGAAACUGCUGGAGGCUAAAACGUGGGCAAGAAAGUUGUUACAGACCCUGAAAACUGACGAAGAGGGAAUAGCAGCUUUCUCACUGAACACUUCUGACUUCCAAACAGAAAUCAAGCUCUGGACAAACCUGAGCAGUGCGGUGCGACGGAGCGGCGCCGAGCGGGGCGGCGCAGAGCGUUCUUUCACCAUUACUACGAGGAAUAAGCUACUUCGCUGUGAUGCAGAGGAGACCAUUUCCAUCCAGUACAGCAUCAUUGGAGAGGAAGUAGUAACUGUAGAUGUGAUACAUCUGGUUUUGUCAAGAGGAGCCAUUAUCAUGCAUGGAUUCAACAAAAUUGAUUUGAAAAACCAACCAGUGGAUGUGGGUGAGGUGUCCUUUCAGUUCAAAGUUUCUCCAGAUAUGUCACCGGGGAUUCAGGUUGUCGCUUAUGCCAGUCUCCCCAGUGAGAAAGUAGUGACCCAGAAUGCUGAGUUUUCUACUGAAACGUGCUUCAAUCACAAGGUAUCUUUGGAGUUUUCAUCUAUGUCAGCCGUCCCAGGAGAGGACACCACCAUGCAGAUGAUAGCUCAGCCAGACUCUCUUUGUGGUGUGAAUAUUGUCGACCAAAGUGUCCUCAUAAAGGAGCCAGGAAAGAUUCUGGAUGCAGACAAGGUCUUUAAUUUACUACCUGCCAUAUCUACAAAUGUGCCAACAGAGGUACAAGAUUAUAGAAGUUGCUUCCAAGGUUUAGGUUUGAAGAUGGUGACAAAUUUGCAGUCAUCAUACUCGGAAGCAUACAAACGCAGAAGCGGCGUGAAAUACAGGAAAUACAGCCGACAACACCAUUCCCGGAGAUAUAGCAACAACUUCAGGAUGUCAAAGGAGGAACUACCACCAGUUGAAACCAUCCGCUCUUUUUUUCCUGAAACCUGGAUCUGGGACUUGGUGGAGAUUGGAGACUCUGGAAGGAAGGACGUCCCCCUCAAAGUGCCCGACACCAUCACCACCUGGGAGACGGAGGCUUUCUGUUUGUCCUCUCAGGGUUUCGGUCUGGCUCCUCGCCAGAACUUCACUGUCUUCCAGCCGUUCUUCCUGGAGCUCACCAUGCCCUACUCUGUCAUCCGAGGAGAGAACUUUGAGCUAAAAGCAACCAUCUUCAGCUACCUGAUCAGCUGCAUCAUGGUCAGUGUGACUCCUUCCCCAUCCUCAGAUUACACACUCACCCCCCUCUCAGAUGACCAGUAUACAUCCUGUCUGUGUGGCAGUGAGCGCAAGACCCUGAGCUGGACCAUGACACCCUCAGCUCUAGGUACCGUGAAUGUGUCUGUGCAUGCUGAGGCUGUGCCGUCCUCCUUGCUAUGUGGCAACGACGUUGUGGAGGUACCAGAGCGAGGUCGCGUCGAUGUGGUCACUCGGUCCCUGGUCAUAAAGGCUGAGGGAACAGAGGUGUCAAAGACGUUCAACUGGUUGCUCUGUCCAAAAGGUGAUGUCUUGACUGAAGAAACAGAACUCCAACUCCCAUGGAACUUAAUCGAGGGUUCAGCCAGAGCCUCCGUAUCAGUGUUGGGCGACAUCCUCGGCCGAGCCCUGGAGAACCUGGACCAGCUUCUGAAGAUGCCGUUUGGAUGUGGGGAGCAGAAUAUGGUGCUUUUGGCUCCAAACAUCUACAUCCUUCUUUACCUGGAAAACACCAAGCAGCUCACCCCAGCCAUCAGGAGCAAGGCCACCAACUUCAUGAUCAGUGGCUACCAGAGACAGCUGAACUAUAAGCUCUCCAACGGGGCUUACAGCACAUUUGGAAGCAAUCCUGGAAUCACUUGGCUAACUGCAUUUGUGCUGAGGUGCUUUGUCAGAGCACAGAGUUUCAUUUACAUCGACCCGAAAAACAUUGAAGAGGCAAAAACCUGGCUGAUGAGCAAGCAGCAACCCAAUGGCUGUUUUGAAAUGUCAGGAAAACUCUUCCACAACUUGAUGAAGGGCGGAGUGUCUGAUGAAGUGACGCUCAGUGCAUAUAUUACCGCUGCAUUUUUAGAAAUGAAGACAUCAGCAGAUGAUCCUGUUGUUGUGAGGAGUCUGGCAUGCCUCAAAGAGUCCAUGAGUGACCUGAGCAACACCUACACCACAGCCCUGAUGGCCUACGUCUUCACCCUGGCAGGAGACACGGAAACCCGCAAUCACCUCUUGCAGCACCUCGACUCAGUCGCAGUCAGAGAAGGGAAUUCCCUCCACUGGUCUCAGAAAGCCGCAGAAACAUCAGCCUCUCUCUCUGUGGAGAUCAGCUCCUACGUGCUCUUGGCCAAACUCAGCAGCUCCCCAACAGACGAGGAUGCAGCUCACGCCUCUGAAAUUAGCAGAUGGCUGAUAGGACAGCAAAACUCUUAUGGAGGCUUCACCUCCACACAGGACACAGUGGUGGCUCUCCAGGCUCUGGCUCUUUACGCCACUGUGGUGUACAGCCUCGAGGGUUCGAGCACCGUGACGGUUCAGGCUCCCAGCGGCGCUCUGUUGUUUGAGGUGAAUCCAGACAACAAGCUGCUCUACCAGGAGAGGGCGCUGCAGGACGUGACGGGGAAUUUCAGCCUGGAGGCGAAGGGCUCUGCAUGUGCUGCAGUACAGAUUUCUCUUCACUACAACAUCCCGACUCCCAUUGAGACUUCAGCUUUCGUCCUGAUGGUCAAAGCAACGCCUCAGUGUAGCAGCAAUUCUGAGACACCCCGUCUAAGCCUGGAGAUAGUGUCUCUAUAUAGAGGGAAGGAGGACGCUACAAACAUGGUGAUCCUGGACAUCAAAGCACUCUCUGGAUUUGUACCAGACACACAAUCUGUCAAGAAGCUCAGACAUCAUUGGACGGUGGACCGUGUCGACCAAAAGGAUGAUCACAUUCUGGUGUAUUUACGGGAGUUAAAGAAGGACAUGGCCGUGUCACACACUUUGGAGCUCAUCCAGGAGGUCCCAGUGAAAAACCUGAAGCCUGCUGUGGUCAAGAUCUACGACUACUACCAGCCCAGUGACCAGGCCAAGGAGAAGUACAACUACUUUUGCACUGCAGGUAGUGAUCUGUCUCAGCAUGCACCAACAACUAAACAUUAG